UGAGCAGAGGGAGUGGUAAUGGGAGAAGGAGGGAUUGGAAGUGAGUGAAAAUGAGACAGAGGGAGAGGGAGAUGCCUUUGUGUAAACAGUAGCUGUCGUUCUCUCGUGUAAGCGGCUCCUCAUUCGCCAACCAGAAGCCCCCCUGUGUGAAGGAAGUAUCACCAGGGAAACUUCGUCUCGCUGCCUCUGUGCAUGUUUUCCUCCCUGCCAGGGUUAUUUUUAAAUAGCAUUCGGCUUCCUGCUCAGACUAAAGGACUACAAGCCACAGCAUCCCUGUUUUGUUGUUUUUAAGGAUCAAAUCAAGAAAAAAAGCCGCAGCAAUGUUCUCCUCUUCUCCUCUCCCACAGUUACAUUGCAAGCUCUUUGCAAAAAUGGGGGACGACCGACCUUUUGUGUGCAAUGCUCCUGGCUGUGGACAGAGGUUUACCAAUGAGGACCACUUGGCCGUACACAAACACAAGCAUGAGAUGACACUGAAAUUCGGACCAGCCAGGACUGACUCUGUCAUUAUUGCAGACCAGACACCCACUCCCACCCGCUUCCUAAAGAACUGCGAGGAAGUUGGUCUGUUCAACGAGCUGGCCAGCUCCUUCGAACAAGAUGAUGACGAAAAGAGAGCAAAGAACUCUCUCCCUGCUCCCAACUCUGUGGCAGUGGACAUGACCAUGCAGACAUCAUUGGACGUGAAGGUGAAGGAGGAGGAACCCGUAGAGGUGGACUCCUCGCCGCCGAGCAGCCCCGAGUCUUUCUCUGAUGAGUCAGACUACAGCGUAAAUGGAAGAAAAGAGGAGAAAGAAAAGGACACGCCACCCAGGAGUUCAGCCCCCACCCCGACUAUCGUGCGCCCGGGCUCCCUCCCACUACACUUGGGCAUCGAUGCCUUUCAUCCCACCAUGCCGUCACCCACCUCUGUCAUCACACAGGCUCCGCCUUCCAAUCGUACUCUGGGCUCGCCAACCAGCCACUACCCCAUGAUGAUGCUUCCCUCUGGUCAGGCAGUGCCCGUGCUCCCUGGUCCAGUCCAGAUGCCCUCUGUCAUUAAUCUGGCCCGACCCAUGUGCAUGGUACCCAACAUUCCUGGGAUCCCCGGUCCUCCUCUGGGAGGCAGCAGCAGCGGCUCUAACUCCCCCUCUGGCUACAGCAUCCCCUCAGAGGCCAAGAUGCGUCUGAAGGCUGCACUGUCCCAGAGCCCGUCAGGAUACAGUAUGAGUAUGAUGUCCAUGAGCGGCAGCCCCAUGGUGCCUCAGAGGGCAGAACAGAGCCAGCUGCUUGUCCAACACCCAGAUGCUCCAUCACCUGCACAACCUCAGGUAUCUCCAGCGCAGCCUACAGGUGGGCGUCGGCGGCGGACGGCAGAAGAUGACCCAGAUGAUCGAAGGCAGCGCUUCCUCGAGAGGAAUCGGGCCGCGGCCUCGCGCUGCAGACAGAAACGCAAACUGUGGGUCAGCUCUCUAGAGAAGAAGGCUGAGGAGCUCUGCACCCUGAACGUCUCGCUGUCGAAUGAAGUGUCAAUGUUGCGGAACGAGGUGGCUCAUUUGAAGCAGCUGCUGCUGGCCCACAAAGACUGUCCUGUGACCACCCUACAGAAGAAGACUGCCUACUUAGCUGCAGAAGAGAGCAUGAAAGACACCGAGCCCACAGGCUCCCCUGCUCCGGUGAUCCAGCACAGCUCUCUGGCGCACAGCCCCUCCGCAGGGCACAACGGCCUGAGCUCAAGGGCAGCAGCUGAGGCCAUGGCUAUGUCCGUGCUGGCAGGAAUGGGCCAGCAGCAGAGGGCCGAGAGCGGAGCCUCUCACACUAUCAUGGCUGCACAGUCUCAAUCUGCUGCCAGAUGAUGAGCGAUGCCACCACGGCCCAGACUUGGCUCGCACUCGUACCCAGGGGAAAAAAAGAGCAGCGGACACCCCCCACCACCACCUCCCCUCCCUCCCAACUUUCCCCAACCUAGAAGUCCAAAUUUCUCAUAUUCCCCCUCCGCUGUGCUCUCUCUGACCCUCCGGUGGAGCCAUCAUGCUGUGGCCUGGAGCUCAGCAGCAGCCUUCUGGGAAUGGACUGAGACUUUUGAGAGAGCUUCCUGUUCACUUUGCCAUAGACUACAGGGGCUGGACUCCAACCUCCCAUCUUCUCCAACCCCCCCCUCCCCCUCUGUGCUUCCCCACUCAUCUCUCCUCACCCUCAGUCAAACAGACUCUCCACUGGACUGUAGGACUGCAUCGCUCUGAGUGUACUGCCGUAACGAACUUCCCAUGUGGACACGUGUUUCUAAGGUGUUGCAUAAACACCCUCGAUCAAAUCAGAUACCAAACAACACGCAGGGCUUUACACUGUUUUCAGCAGGGAAUAGUGCCUUGUGCUCCUCAACUCUUUAGCCACGCACACACCCACACACGCCACCGCAGCAUCGUCCCUAUACAUCCUCGGCUCCAAAGAUCCAGCAGUUGUCUAGACGUCAGUGACUCAGAUCUCACCGACACUCACUUUUUGUAAAUGGUUCCACCUCAAGGUGAUCUCAACAUGGACCCAAAAACCUUACCUCAACUACUCCCCUUCUUUAUGAUAAAAUUAAUAAACAGUGUGUGUGAUUAGCUCUGUGCGCAUAUAUUAAUGUACAUCAGAACAUAGCAGUUUGCCUACUCCUGAUCUAAUACGUCAAUAGCUGGGUUGUUAGCAUGUGACUUUUUCUAUUAGAGUGUUCUUGAUACAGCUAUGUGCAGCUAUAUUUUUUUUAAACUAAUUGGCACAUCCGAUCAGAUUACUCCACAGAACCAAAAUACGUUGGAUUGACAGUGUAAAACCUUAAAAUUAGUUUGAGCAAUAUGUUUGUCUGACCUGAAGGGAAUUCAGCCUCUCCCCUCCUCCUCCUCUUCCUCCUCACUCUCCUCUGAAAAACUGUUUAUUGGUUUGUAAGUGGAUGCCUUUUCCAUUUUAUAUGAAUCUAUUCUCGUGACUGUGUUUCUCUGUGUGGGCCCUGGACUUACUGUAACUGUUAUUUUCACACUUCUCAGGAUGGUUGUGCAUCCUUGCUGCUCGUUGGAAGUGCGAUGAAACCCCUUAGUCUCUCUGCUCUGUACCAAACCUAAACUAAGCCAUAGUGACCACAAAUCGGAUGUCUGAAUCUCCAAAGACCACCUCGUACUCGUUCUGGGGGUAGGAAGUAAACAGCCCGACUGUUAUUUUGCGAUUCAGAGGUCCCGGUGACACAUUUUACAGUAUAUCACUGCUUGUUACUUGCACUUACACUUCAGGAUGGGAAUUGAUACGAUAUUAUUGAUGCCAAUGCCAAUAUCGAUUCUGCUUAUCAGUCAGAUUCUUACUGAUUCCUCACUUUUCUGUGCAGGAUAACCAGGUUUUCAGCAUCAAUGCAACUGUUUUAUUAUCUCUUUGCCUUAACACAGUGUAGAAACUUUAGGAAAAAGGCAUGCAUGUGACUCAUAUGUGCAAAUGCUUCACUAAAAUUGAUGAUAAGAAUAUUUGUGUGGCAACUAACACAUGCCUGCAUCAAUAAAUGGAACCGAUAAGUGCGAAACAGACCAUUCUAAUGGAUUGAACGAUUGAAAAACGUUUUUUUUAUUAACUGGAAUUGGUUCUCCGUUCCCAUCCCUACUUCCAGUCAGUCUCACACACAAUGUCUGAUCAUUUUUUGCCUUAAGAUCACAUUGGUGCCUCGGGUAUCCCCAAAAACACACAGAUUUGCCCAUGUGAAAAACAACAGAGCCUUUGAAAAAUAUAUCGGUCUCGAUUUGUUUAUUUCAUCAAAUGAAAAACAAAAGAUUCACAUGUUGAAAAUUCAUCGAAGCCUUUUUAAAUCAGUGGAUAAUUCAGCCAUUGGUCUCUUGUCAGUGACAUAAAAUGAUCCAAUACUUGUCUGUCAUCUGGUGGAGAGACACAGCAAAGACAUCUUCACUGGUUAAAAAAAAAAAAAAAAAAAAAGGUUUGAGGGAGUUCAAAUGUCUUGUGACUCUGCCUGAAUGGUUCUUCAGAAAUCCCACCCAGAUAUUUUAUGAAUAUAUUUUUACAGAAACACCUAAACAAGCAGUUUGCUUCUCUUGUUUUCUUCAUGUAUAUUUCUCUCUCCCUUCGUCUGUCUGAUACGAUCAUUUAUUUGCAAGAUGUGAUAUUUCAAAAAACAAGAUAUCUGUCCGUUAACUUAAGGGCAUGUCUUUAUGCACUAAAAUAAUGCAAGUUUAUUUGUUGCUUUGUAUUUCUGUUCAUUUAAAGUGUGUGUCGUCCUCUUGGUCUUUUUCAGAGAUAUCAGAUCCUUUUAUUUUAAAAAAAAUAUUUUUUCCUCCGGUCUGUACUGUAUACAUUAGAAACCUUUCACCUUUGACUGAACCUCUCGUCCUACAGUCCCAAUGGUGACCCCGGCAUUCUGUUGUACUUCGGAGCUGGCGCUAUAUUGGUCCGGCAGUCCCUUUAUAGACGAUUGUUCAUAUGAAAUGAAAAGUCAAACUAUAUUUAGCUUUUUCAUAUAAUUCAUGUCAUUGGCACCUUUUCUGUCAUUUUCUUUAGUUGCGUGCUAUUUUCAGCACUAAACAAACUUUGUCAUUAUGCUUUUUGAUUGUACUGAUGAAUAUAGAAACUAAUUUCUUUAACACAGGUUUCUUUUUUUUUUUGUUUGUUUUGCUUUUCUCUACAGUAAAAAAAUGUCAUUAGUCCUUUUUCAAAAAGUGAUUUUAUCCCCUUUGUUAUAUCUCUAAAGAUGAAUCUGGUCGUGUCUUUUGGCUGUCCUUCUAACUUAUUUUUUAAAAUUGGUCAACUAACAAUUUUCAUUACAGUCUUUGGCAUAUUAAUGUUACCUACAAUUGUUGUGAAAAGAGCAAUUUAAAGAAAAAUGCAACGACGUGAAAAGUUGCACAUAGCAUGUUAACGGUUUUUCACACUCCCAUUGUUGGACUGAUGAUUUCAAAAAUUGUCCUUGUACUGUACAUAUCUGUACUAUAUGAAUAUAUUUACUUUUCCAUGCAUGUCCAAGUGGAAUACUAUGAACACUUACAGUGCUGCAGUUUUAAUUAAAGAAACUACAUUGUAAUGAA